AUGUUAUCUGCUAGAGUACAUUCUAGACUAUUUUCCACUUCGGUGGUCCGUUGUGAGAAAGUGCUCAACAAGUACUCUUCGAUCGUGACCCAGGAUAAGUCUCAAGGUGCUUCGCAAGCCAUGUUGUAUGCUACGGGCUUUCAAGAUGAAGAUUUCGAUAAGGCUCAAAUUGGAGUUGGAAGUGUAUGGUGGUCAGGAAACCCUUGUAAUAUGCACUUGAUGGACAUGAACGACAGAUGUACAGCUUCUGUGAACAAGGCUGGAUUGAAAGGAAUGCAAUUCAAUUCCAUUGGAGUUUCUGAUGGUAUCACCAACGGUACUGAUGGUAUGAGAUAUUCAUUACAAUCGAGAGAAAUCAUUGCCGAUUCAUUUGAGACUUUAGUGAUGGCCCAGAUGUAUGAUGGUAACAUUGCCAUUCCAUCGUGUGACAAGAAUAUGCCUGGUACUCUUAUGGCUAUGGGUAGACACAAUCGUCCAUCGAUUAUGGUUUAUGGUGGUACUAUCAUGCCUGGAUCUCCUUCUUGUGGUGGUGCAAAUGUUCCUGAGAAGAUUGAUAUCAUUAGUGCUUUCCAAUCUUAUGGUCAAUUUUUGAGUGGACAGAUCAAUGAGGAACAAAGAAAGGACAUUGUAAGACAUGCUUGUCCAGGUGCUGGUGCUUGUGGUGGUAUGUAUACCGCCAACACCAUGGCUUCUGCUGCUGAGGUCAUGGGUAUGUCACUUCCAUACUCUUCUUCAGCUCCUGCCAUUUCGAAAGAAAAAGCUGAUGAGUGUGACAAUGUUGGUUAUGCCAUGAAACAUUUAUUAGAAAUUGAUUUGAAACCCAAGGAUAUAAUGACUAAAAAGUCCUUUGAGAAUGCCAUCACCUACAUCAUUGCCACUGGUGGUUCCACAAAUGCGGUGUUGCACUUGAUUGCCAUUGCUCAUUCUGUGGGUAUUGACUUGACUGUUGAUGACUUCCAACGUAUUUCUGAUACCACUCCAUUGUUGGCUGAUUUCAGACCAUCUGGUAAAUACGUUAUGGCAGAUCUUCAACAAUUUGGAGGUACUCCUGCGGUGAUGAAAUUGUUGUUGGAAGAAGGUUUCCUCGAUGGAGACCAGUACACCGUCACCGGUAAUACCAUCAAAGAAAACUUAUCAAAGGUCAAGGGAUUGCCAGCCAGUCAAGACAUUGUUCGUCCUGUUUCUAACCCAUUGAAACCAAAUGGACACUUGCAAAUUCUCAAGGGUACUUUAGCACCAGGAAGUGCCGUUGGUAAGAUUACUGGUAAAGAAGGUACCUACUUUAAGGGAGCUGCCAGAGUGUUUGACAAUGAAGAAUUGUUCAUCAAGGCUCUUGAAAAGGGAGAGAUCAAGAAGGGAGAAAAGACCGUUUGUGUGAUUCGUUAUGAGGGCCCUAAGGGUGGUCCUGGUAUGCCCGAAAUGUUGAAACCUUCUUCAGCAUUGAUGGGUUAUGGUUUGGGUAAAGACGUUGCAUUGUUGACUGAUGGUAGGUUCUCUGGUGGUUCUCAUGGUUUCUUGAUUGGUCACAUCGUGCCAGAAGCCGCCGAGGGUGGCCCAAUUGCCUUGGUUCACGACGGAGAUGAGAUUGUCAUUGAUGCUGAAAACAACAAAAUUGACUUGCUUGUCUCGGAAGAAAUUCUCGCUGAAAGAAAGAAGCUGUGGUCUCCUCCUGCUCCAAGAUACACGAGAGGAACCUUGGCCAAGUACUCCAAAUUGGUUAGUGAUGCUUCCACCGGUUGUGUAACUGACUUGGACUAA